CAACAAUGGCCGUACCUGACAACGUGUUGACUGUGCAUAUCGACUCGCUUUUAUCAGCCGCGGUCAUAGGAGGUCGCCGUCAGGGCACAGUCAAGUAAGUCAAGACCAUGGAAGGUAUAUCACAAAGCUACAUGCGACCAGCAUGGCUCCGGAACUCACACACAAUCACUUCCUUUCUACAUCAUCAUCAUGAAGAUUAGUAGUACCUACCUACAGCUCUUGACUGCUGCUUCAAUUAGCGGACAAAUUGUGUCUGCUGAAACCAUCAGCCAGAUCAAUGGCAACAAAUACUUGUCGCCAUACAACGGCAAAAACGUGACCAACGUCAAUGGCCUCGUUACUGCCAAAGGACCAAGCGGUAUCUGGAUACGUUCAACGAUCCCCGACAAGGACGACAGGACCUCGGAGUCUGUCUAUGUCUUUGACCGCAACUUCGGCAAGAACAUUACAGUGGGAGACAUCAUCGAGCUCAACGGCACUGUGACAGAGUACAGAUCAACCAAAGCAUAUGUCUACUUGACGGAGAUCAUCAACCCCAAGCUGGUACGAAAAGUCUCGUCUGGCAGUGCUACAAGCCCUCUUGUCAUUGGCAGAGAUACCUUGAGCCCUCCCAACAAAGCCUUCUCCGCACUGGAUAAUGGUGACGUCUUUGGUGUGCCCAACAAUGUCAGCUUGAUCUCAGUCUCCAACCCUACAUUGAUCCCCCGUAAUUAUGGUAUGGACUUCUGGGAAAGUCUCAGUGGCGAGCUUGUCACUGUGAAAGGUGCUCACGCACUGACAAAGCCUAACAACUAUGGCGAUACGUGGGUUGUGGGUGACUGGAAGGUGACUGGUUUGAACGAGCGUGGCGGUUUGACAACUGUCGACAAAGAUGCCAAUCCCGAGGCCAUCAUCAUUGGCUCGCCGCUUGAUGGCUCAAAGAACCCAGUGAUCACCAAAGUCGGAGACACACUCGGUGAUAUUACUGGAGUCGUCAGCUACUCCUUCGGCUACUACACCAUUCUGCCUCUGACUGCGCUAAAAAUCACCAAGGGUGUCGAGCCUGUACUUCCACCAGCCACUAGCCUUGUAUCCAAUGGCGACUGUAGCGGCCUGACUGUGGGCUCUUACAACGUUGAGAACCUGUGGGCAGGCUCUGACCACCUUGUCAACAUCUCUGACCAUAUUGUCAACUAUCUCCGCAGCCCCAAUCUCGUCUUCGUCCAGGAGAUUCAAGACAACAACGGAGAGACCAACGAUGCUGUAGUGACCGCAAAUUUGACUCUCAGCACUUUGAUCUCAGCUAUUGCCAGCAUUGGUGGACCCGAGUAUGAGUUUGUUGAGAUUGACCCAGUUGACGACAAAGACGGUGGUGCUCCCGGUGGCAAUAUUCGUACUGCUUAUCUCUACAACCCCGAUGUUUUGCAGUUGAGGAAACCAAACUUUGGCUCAAGCACAGAUGCGAAUGAAGUCCUUCCUGGUCCGGAACUCAAGUACAACCCUGGACGUAUCGAUCCUCUCAAUCCUGCUUGGACAGCCAGUCGUAAGCCGUUGGUCGCCGCAUUCGAGACUUUGGAUGGCAAGAACUCAUUUUUCACUAUCAAUGUUCACUUCGGAAGCAAGGGAGGUUCUUCCUCAAUUGAAGGAGAUGCUCGUCCUCCAGUCAAUGGAGGUGUUGAGGAUCGUCAAGAACAGAUGCAGUUGACUGCUGACUUCGUUGCAGAUAUUCUCGCAGAAGACAAGAAGGCUAACAUCAUCGUCGCUGGUGAUUUUAAUGAGUUUGCUUUCGUACAGCCCCUCGAGAACUUCCUCGCAGUCUCGAAUCUACGCGAUCUCGAUGAGGCUGCCAACAUCCCAGCUCUCGAGAGAUACACCUAUCUGUUCGACAUGAAUAGCCAGGAACUUGACCACAUGUACAUCAGCCAGGCUUUAAAGCCAAAGGCGCAGUACGAGCAUGUACACAUUAACACCUGGGUCACCAGAGAUGAGCAGAUCUCAGACCAUGAUCCUUCUGUCGCUAAGUUGAACGUUUGCAAGAAUUAGUAUAGACGUGCGAGGAAGGAGUAUUUGCGCACGAGGCUUUUCAGUCGAGGGAGGAAGUUGUCUCGAGUUGUCUGAUGUAACAAAUACAAAAGCGAAUUUAGAAAUCAUUGUCCACAAC